AUGAGGCCCGGGGAGGGCGGAGAUGGCGAGGGCGCCCCGGCGGGGCUUCUGAGCCGCGGGGGCCACAGUGCGGAGCAGGCUGACGCUCAGACCAGGGCGCUGGCUCUGGAAGUGGACAGAGCCGCCGUGUGCUCUGCACACAGCUCCAGAACCCGCUGUGGGCCGCGGGGGAGGAAACGGGCUUUCUCCGUACACCGAUUUCUGUUCCAACUGGUGACUACAAACCCAUUUGAAUCCCAACCCACGGGGCGAGCUCCGGCUGCCCCAGAGCCCGACUUCCCCAAGAGGCUACCUGCUGACCCAGCUGGAGCUGGGCUGGGGCGCCUGGACGAGUCAGCGCAGCCAGCUUCCUUUCUGAGCCGCCCCCGCCGGGCCCUGGCCCUGCAACCAGCUGUCCUUGGACCCCUCCGCGGCUGCUGGGGCUUGCCCACCACCUCCCACCCUCUGGAGCCCCCCGGGGCUGGGCAGGAGCAGCUGCAGGACGGAGAAGGCAGGCUGGGGGGCAUGGUGGCCCAGGAGGCCUGGGACCCGACGGUGAUGCCUCUCCAACUGCCGGCGGGUCCCACUCCCCUCACCACGGCCAGCACAGUGAGGACGGGCUCCCCUGCCCCAGGGAGCACUGGGGCUAAGCCCUGCGCCGUCCUCCCGGUCGGCAUCGUCAGCAGCAGUGCUGCCGGCAUGCCUGCUGGCCGUGCCUAG